AAGAAAAGUUUUAUAGACCCCGCCUCCCCAUCUCGCCACCUCAUCAGCUGACGCCCGGCAACAGUAUAUAGUCCCCUGCCCCACGGGCCAACAGCUCAAUCAUAACGACGAUACGUAUCCUAGACCCGCGACAUCGUGCUGGCACUGCGACAUCUUGCUGGCACCGCGACAUCCCCGCCACGCGUGGGACGCGUCGGUAUAUAUUCUCCUGAUGCCUCCAAAUCUUUUCACCAUAUCUCUUCCACACACACAAUGCUUGAAGGUAAAUUUGACGAAUCCACCCUCUUAAAGAAGAUUGUCGACUCCAUCAAGGACGUUGUCAAGUUAUGUAACUUCAACUGUACCGAACACGGUAUCACCGUUCAAGCCGUGGACGACUCCAGAGUGUUGUUGGUGUCGUUAUUGGUUGGCCAAACUGCCUUCAGCGACUACAGAUGUGACAGAGACGUGACGUUGGGAAUUGACUUGGACAGUUUCUCCAAGAUCAUCAAGAGUGCCAACAACGAGGACUACUUGACCUUGUUGGCUGAGGACUCCCCCGACAGCGUGAUGACCAUUUUCGAAGACAAGAAGAAGGAAAGAGUCAGUGAGUACUCGUUGAAGUUGAUGAACAUCGACUCCGAGUUCUUGAAGAUCGACGACAUGGAAUACGACACCGUCAUAACAAUGCCUUCUGCCGAAUUCGCCAAGAUUGUUCGUGACCUCAAGAACUUGAGUGAAUCGUUGAACAUCAUCGUCACCAAGGACUCGGUCAAGUUCUCUUCCGAUGGUGAGGUUGGAUCUGGAUCCAUCGUCUUGAAGCCAUACACCGACAUGGACAGACCGGAAGAAAGCAUCAACGUCCACUUGGACAACCCUGUCGACUUGACCUUCGGGUUGAAGUACUUGAGUGACAUCAUCAAGGCUACCGGGUUAGCUGGUACUAUCACCAUCAAAUUGGCCGACAAGACUCCAGCCUUGUUCGAGUACAAGUUGGACGUGGGUGGCUACUUGAGAUUCUACUUGGCUCCAAAAUUCGACGAAGACGAAUAGAUGUAUUUUAGUAAUAAUAUGGAUAAACGAAGAAGUGU